AUGGCUUACGCAACUACUUCAACUACUAGCAAUAACAGUAGUUAUUACGAUGAUGACAUAUUUGAAAUGAACUUGGAAGACAAUAUCCCAUCUUCUUAUGUUGAUUAUGAAAAUACCAAUAACUACACCACUACAACAACAAAUAUACCUGCAUUGACAAGCUCCAGAUCAACCUCAAUUAUAGCGAGUGGUAAUGAAUCUUCUUUACCUCCUUCGCCGUUAGUCUUGCCACAACAAAUGUCGACUUCUCCAUUACAACCUUACUAUUCUUAUACAUACAAUUCUUCAUCGUCCUCCUCCUCCUCGCCUUAUUCUACAUUUGCAAAUGAAGAUCAAGAUCAACACGAUGAUGAUCAAUUUCUAUAUGAAUGCUGCAUAUGCAAGCAAAAAUUAAACAAUAGCAACAAUAAUAGUCAUAAUUGCACCAGAGAUUUAUUUAAUGGUAACGCUUUGAAUGAUAAUGAUUUAAUUAUUAUUGAAAACAAUAAAUUGAUUCAAAAUAAUUAUCAAAAAUGGUUAUACAACUUCACCCCCAAUAUUCCUUAUUAA